AUGGGAACCCGAAUGACAAAGAAAAAGCAAGCAGCAAUCGCAAGAGCAAGUUUUAUGUACCCUGUCCUUGAAUAUGAUGAUUUAUCCAUUUCAGAAUUUGAAAGUGACAGUGAUGACACAACCUCAAACAUGAAUCAUGUAAAGAAGAAUAUUCAAGAAACAAUAUUACCCGAAGAAAUUGUAGAAGGCUAUAGUGACUCAGAGUCUGUUGAUCAACUUGCCCACAAAAAGCAACCACCAAGCGGAAGCAGUGUUCGCAAAAGGGAAAUGAAAGACAGCGGAAUACACACUUCUAAGCGUCCUCACUAUAAUGAAGAUAUACCCACUGAAACAGAACAUGUAUUACAAGAAUUAAGAAAUGUUGGCGAUGAGCAGGAAGUCCAGAUCGAAGCAGUCUCUGUUGAUCUUCACGCAACAUCUGCUGACGAUAUAUCAGAGUUUUCAGAUACAAAUAUACUUGAUGAUUUAGAUGAUUGGAGGCCCACUCCAUCCACGCAUCAACAUCUAUCUCAAACUAGAUCUCUAAUGAGCAUCCAAAGUUUUGAUAGCGAUGUUGAUCGAGAAGAAGAGAUUUUAGAAGAAAAAGAGCGUAAAGCACUCGUUUCAGUCAGACACCAUAUUCCUGAUCUACCCUUUGAUAUCACCCCGACUGCUUUUCGACCUGUCUAUCCACAUCCCAUUACUGACAGACAAGUUCGACAUAUCAAAGAAAUUAAGCCACUCACUUUAGAAGCAAGUGGUUUAGCUAAUCAAGCAAGAGAAGUGGCUCUGGAUGAAACAAAAGAUUUUAUGAAAUGGGAGAGAUCCGUCAAAGCCACUAUGGCUCAUCACGGCUCAGUGACCUGGGCAGUAUUCCACUCAAAGGAAGCAAGAUUGUUCCGGAUGACAGACACUUGGUCUGAAAACGGGGUUAUUUUUUCUUGGUGUGUACCUGUUACAGACGAAGAACAAGAAACCUUAAAGUCUUCAACUCAAAGUCAACAAGAUGAUGAUAGUGUUAAAGAUAUAUUUUCACAGCCCCAUGUCUUGCCAUCCUACGUUCCCAACGAAAAUGACGACAAAUACCUCUUUGGUUUCUUCUUUCUUCAUUCAAACAUAACAUCUACAACAGAAAAAGACUUUAUGAAAGAAACACUUGUCGGAAUAUGGCCACCAUGGACACAUUAUACUGACAAGUUAUCUGGUUCGGAAAAGAAGGAGGUAUUUAUGGCUACACGAUUUAUGGCCAAUUGUAUGCACUAG